UUUUUUCAUCACAACAAUCAGAUGUUAUAACCUCAAAUUAGUUGUUGCUUUCUGAAAUUUUAGAGUAGGCCGGUCUUUUUUCAAAAUGACCAGCCAACUUUUUCGAGUUUUUAAGAAUAAUUCAUUAUUUUGUAAUCUCCAACAAGUUCGACAUGGACAUAAAAUAAGGGGAAAACCUCCUGGAAUAGCUUUAACUCUUCAACAAAGAUUAGAAAAAUUAAAGGUAGUUGAUCCAGAAGUAGACUUGAAAGUCGAUAUUGGAUUUAAGCCCAAAAAAUUAUCAAGGGCUAUGUUGUCUAAGGAGUAUAUGCAAUAUGUAAAAGAAGUAAAAAAAAAUCCAGAAUUCGAAAAAAAAGCAAGAAAAAAAGAAUUAUUGUUUGAUCAGGAAUUUACUGAGGAAGAGUGGUUUAAUUCAAAUGCUUCUAAAAAUAUAAAAAAUAUUGCUAAUCAUUAUGGAGUAUUUCAAGAUCUUUUUGGAGAUGCAUAUUUUUAUCCUGCCUUCCCUUUGAAUGUAAAAUAUGAAUCAGAAGAUUUAGAGUUAAUUCCUGUAGUUCACAGAGGAAAUAUUUUGAAACCUAGUGAAACGACGAAAGCUCCUUCAGUGUACUACAAUGCUAGUCCUGAUUCUUUAUGGACACUUUUACUCACUACUCCUGAUGGAAACUUUACGAGUCAGGAUUUAGAAUAUUGCCAUUGGUUUAUUGGAAAUAUACCAGGAAAUGAUUUGAAAAAAGGCGAUGUUUUAGUCGAUUAUAUGAGACCUAUUCCUUGCUAUGGCAUUGGUUAUUGUAGAUAUAUAUUUGUUUUGUAUAAACAGAAAGAAAAAAUUGAUUUUUCAGAGUACAAAAAAGAACAGCCAUGUAUGGAUUUGCUUCAACGUAAUUGGCGUACACUGGAUUUUUAUCGUAAAUAUCAAGACCUAAUUACGCCAGCAGGUCUGGCAUUCUUCCAAGCAGAUUGGGAUCCAAGUCUUCAGGAUUUUUAUCAUCAGACAUUACAAAUGAAAUCACCGAAAUUCGAAUACGACUUUCCACCACCUUAUGUUCGUCGUCAGGAGUGGUUCCCUAAAGCAAAGGCAUUCAAUUUGUAUCUUGAUAGGUAUCGUAACCCCAAGGAUGUAAAUCAGGAUUACUUGUUAAGGAAAUUUAAAAAUACUCAUCCUUUUAGAGCUCCUUAUAAAAAAUACAAGUAUCCCCUUGCCCAUCCAUUCCCUCAUGAUAUGCCUACAUGGUUGAAAGAUCAAAUGAGAAAAGAUUAUUUAGGUUAUGGUAAUAUUAAUGAAAUCGAAUAAGUUACUUAUUAAUAACGUUAGAUGUAAGCUAUAAAUGAAAACAAUUUAUACUAAUGAUAUUUGAUAAA